AUGAAAAGGAAAAGAGACAGUGGAAUCAAAAGAAAACAAACAAUCGAAUUUAAAAAGCGAAGAAAUGAAAUUCACACAAAGCGAAUACAUGGUGUUUUGUCAAGUGAAAGGAAGGAGGGUAAAACAUAUGAGACAAAUAUUGGCCUAACAUAUCCAACAGCUACUAAUCCACAAGCUAACAAACUAAGUCAUGAUGUCCUUUUGUGUCCUGACCUACCAGCAGAUACACUUGCUGCCUAUGAGGAAAUUGUCCAACCUUAUACCCCAAGACCACAAUGUUCUCCUAUUCAAUACAAGGCUCACGUUUUCUACAAUAUUAUUGUGUUCGACGUCGAGACAAACACGACUGGGAAGAAUGCAGAGCUAUGCCAAUUGGCCGCUAUAGACAAACAGGGUCUGGUGCAAUUUGCAGAGUAUAUUUUGCCAUAUAAAAAUGUUGACAAAUAUGCAUUGAGGGUAAACAAUCUAACAGUGAGAAUUGUUGAUGGCAAACGAACAUUAUUUAAAGAUUCAAAUCCUGUAAAUGCACUCACCUGUGAUGAAGCUUUACUUCGAUUUCUCCACUAUGUAGAAGAUUUGGUUCGUGAAUGUCAGAAAUUGACCGAUAGCGAAGUCUGUACAGUUCUGGUUGGGCACAAUGCCAAGCGUUUCGAUGUCCCAGUGCUUUUUCAAAAUAGCAACAACAGUAUUUUAGCGGAAAUGCAAUCCAUCGGCAUUUCGUUUGGUGACAGCCUUACGUUAUUCGAGCAUUUGGUUAAGCAGUCAGUCCUGAAAGAUCGAGAUGGAAAUAGCUGUGCUUUAAAUCAGUCUGCUGUUUACGAGGCUUUGUUCGAUCGACACUUCGACGCACAUGAUGCUCUCGAAGACGUGAAAGCUUUGCAACGAAUCCUUUUAACAUCAGGGCUAAAUCUGUCAGAAAAUGAGCUGAUCUUGCACUGUAAACCCAUCCCCUUUGAACAAGCACAUUGA